AUGGCUAGCCUAGAUGUUGAUUCUUUAUUUACAAAUAUUCCUUUGCAAGAAACUAUAGAUAUUUGUACUGAUUCUUUAUUUUCAGAGACUGACCCAGUCAGUAAUUUUUGCAAAAGUGAUUUUCGUAAACUCCUCUCUCUGGCCACAGAAAAUUCUUAUUUCACGUUUGACGGUCAACUAUUCAAGCAAGUCGAUGGGGUAGCUAUGGGAUCACCUCUUGGCCCCAGCCUUGCUAAUGCUUUUCUUUCGCACCACGAAAAGACUUGGUUGGAUAAUUGUCCAUCAUCCUUUAAGCCAGUGUAUUAUAGAAGAUAUGUUGAUGAUGUUUUUGUGUUGUUCUCAUCUCCUAGCCAUUUGCCUCUAUUUAAGGACUACCUUAAUAGGCAACACAUCAACAUAUCUUUCACGUCUGAGUGCGAGGCCGAUAAAACUCUUCCGUUUCUUGACGUAUCUGUUUCUCGCAAUGAAUCGAAGUUUGUUACAUCUAUCUAUAGGAAGCCUACAUUUAGUGGUGUUUACACGAAUUACAACAGCUUUUUGCCGGAAGAAUAUAAAACGGGUUUGAUAAUGACAUUGAUUUUUCGGAUAUUUAAGAUUGUUUCUGAUUUUUCUAGGUUUCACUUAGAAAUGCAAGAUCUUAGAAACAUUCUGUUAAGAAAUGGCUACCCGUCAAGUUUGAUUGAUCAAUGCAUUAAGUCUUUUCUCGACAGAAUGUUUCAAGAUAAGAAAGUUUUCAGUACCGUGCCUAAGUUAGAAGUUCUUAUUAUUUUGCCAUAUUUGGGUAAUAUAUCGUUGAAACUGCGAACUCACUUAGUUAAAACAUUUGAUAAGCAUCUUCCGUGCUGUAAGCUUAGGGUUAUUUUCAAAUCGGGUUGUAGAAUUGGCAAUUUUUUCCGGUUUAAGGACCGUGUUUCAAAGGCUCUGCGUUCAAAAGUCGUAUAUAAAUAUCAGUGUGAUGGCUGCAAUGCCAUCUAUUAUGGGAAAACUAUGCGACAUUUGAAAGUUAGAGCCUGCGAACAUAUGGCCGUUUCUGCCUUGACUGGAAAAUCCGUCAAAUCUAUUAACCCUAGUGCGGUUUUGGAGCAUGUUGUUUUCUGUAAAAAUAGACCAUCUUUAGAUAAUUUUUCUAUUAUCUCCUCCGCAUCUAAUAAUUUUGAUUUGGAAUUGAAGGAAAGCUUGUUAAUCCGUAGGGAUAAGCCAAUUCUUAAUAGAAAUAUUGCAUCAAUGCCAUUAUUUCUAUUUUCAGAUAAUUGA